CCAGCAACGUUUGUGGGCUAAUUUUUUAUGCUACUGUGGACCAAUGCAGAGCCCAAGUGAAGGAGACAGAGAAGGGGAGGAGGUUGGAGAGGAGAGCUUCAGCAAAAAGGAGACAGACACCAAACUGCAGGAUGGAAGUGAUAUUGCAGUAGAGGAUGAUGGAGCCACUGUGCCUCCUGUGCAAGAGGAUGGGCCUAACAGACAGCAGUCAGAUCCAGAACCCGAUGACCUAGCUUCCCUGCCUCAUUUUGAAAACACUGAGGCAGACUUUCCUGCAGAAAUAAACUUAGUUCAAGAAAAUGUUGACCAGGUUACAGUGACACCUCACUUGUCAACUACACCAGAAUACAUGGAGGAUCAGGAGCCACUGUUGGUGGAGGAGGAGGAAGAAGAAGAGGAGUUGGUUGUCCUUGACCCUGAACAUCCUCUGAUCAGAAGGCAACAAGCUGCUCUGAAAAGCCACCUCACCAAGCACCUGGAACGACUCAACUUGGAACUGAGGGAGAAGCUCGCAAGGGAGGAGGCAGAUGCACAGCAGAUGCAGGAGAUGGCGUUGGAGGAGUCUGCAUUACAGGAGAAGCUAGUCAGACUCCAGACCAAGCUAGAAGACCACCAUCAAACCAAGACACAGGCUGAGGCCAAACACCAACAGUCACGGGAUCAACUGGAGAUAACGAAGGCCCAGUAUUCCAGCACUCUCAGCCAGGUCCAAAAAGCCAAAAGCAGCGUGUCCCAGCUGCAGACAGAGCUAGACAACCUGAUGCAGCAGCUCAUUUUCACUCAAGAAGUUAGUCAAGAUCUACGCUCCGAUAUGAAAGUCAUGAGAAAUGCUACACGUAAAGCGGGAAACGAGAAGAUCCAGGCUGAAGAGCAGAAAUUAAAGCAGGAUGUGUAUGUGGAACGUCUUACAAAGGACAUGGAGAGACUGAUGCAGCAGAUAGCCAUGUAUGAGGCCCAGAGCAGUGCCCAAGCAGAGGAGACACUGGCAGCCAAAGAAGCACUCGCUGAGGCUGAGAUGGAAAUGGAGUCUGUAGUAAUAGCCUCCAAACAGCUGCUGCAGCAGUGGAACAGCAGCCUGGUGGCAAUGAGGAGACGGGAUGAGGCCUUCACCGCGAUGCAGGAGGCCAUAAACAUGAUUGGCCAUCAAGUGAUCUCACUGGACAGAGAGAUUGAAGGCUAUAAUAAAUCCACCACCAAAGAGCAGGAACUCAAUGAGAUGCUGACCGCCCAACUGAACUGGUCCCAGAUGGACAUCGCCACCUCCAAAUCACUGAUCACUAAGAAGCAGACUCAGCAGGAGGCUCUGCAGGCCCACUACAGCACCUGUGUCCGCACUCUGCGUGAGACAGAACAUACACUCACACGACUCACAAAGGAAACCAGUGUCCUCCAAACUGAAACCAAUGAACAGAGGAGGCAACUGGAGAAGGAGAGUGCUGCAUCCUUGGAGCUGGAGGACAUGAUCAUGUCUCAAAUGCAGCAGAAGCUCACCUACAACAUGGCUGCCAAGUACUCACAAAGGCUGACCACCAAGAUGACCACACGCAAGAAGGACAAGAUCUCUGAGUUGUGGCAGCUGAAGAAAGAAGUGGAGGAGGUUGGACUGGAAAGUAUCGAGGUUGGCCAGCGUCUGGACAACCUGGCUGUCACUCAGGAGGCCUUGGAGGAGGAGAUUGCCAACUACACUAAGUUGGUCUCCUCUCAGCAGGCCCAGAUUUCCUCCAAUGUUUUGUCAGUUGGGCAAAAUCAGAAUGCAAUCAUCAACUACAACCAAAAGAUCUCUCAUAUCGUAGCCGCUACAGGGCGUGACCUGAGCCCUAUGCAAAUCAAAGCAGACGCAAUAAAGGCUCAACUUGAGGAGCUGGAGGCAAACAUCAAGAGUGACCAGCAGCUCUGGAGCAAACGCCAAGGGACACUAGUAGGACUGACCCAGGAGAUUGCAGUCAACAGGAGGGACAUUCUCAAACUGCAGGCAGAGCACACUCACAUGCAGCAGGGCAAAAUCCGCAUAGACGGUAUAAUUAAUGUAGAGAACCGAGAAGACACUGAGCUUGAGAAGAACAUGAGGAUACUGAAGGGAGACCUGCUAAAUCUCAACACGCUGCUGAGCAAGAACAAACAGCUGAGCCUGGCCAUGGAACAGGGGAACGCUCUGAUGGAGUCAGAAUUCAUCCACAGGCAUAAGGAAGCAGAGCGGGAAAGCAUCGAGAUGCAGAUGAAACUGGAGAAGACUGAGAAGGAAAAGGAGAGACUUCUCAACAGUCUGGUGGAGGCCGAGAAACAGAUCAUGUUAUGGGAGAAGAAAAUCCAGCUUAUGAAAGAGACCAUUUCAGCAGUGAACUCCGACUUUGGACAGAAAGACCUGCAGACAAUGAAGGCAGAGAUACACCGUAUGAAGUUGCGCCUCAAUCAGCUGAUGAAGCACCGGGAGCGUCUCCUAAGGGAGAGUGAAGCAACGGUGGUGAGGAUGGAGAAAAUCGAGUUACGCAGGGAGGCCAUGAUCCGAAACCCCCACAAACAAACUACAAAGGGUGAACUAAACCGAAUCAUCCGAGGUCUGCAACGCAGGAUUCAUGACACACACAAGCAUAUAGAAGAGUGUGACCAGACUAUCAGGACACUACAAGAGAGCCAGGUGAAUCUGAGCAAUAGGCUCACAAAGCAGAAGCAGCACCUCAUAGAACUGUGUGGAACCAGCUAUGUUCUUGACCAUGACAUCAUAAAACUCCAGGACACCAAAGACAGGAACUUAUUGCAGCUGGUGGCUCUUCAGAGCAGGGCUAAGAAGCUGCAGGCAGUUCGUGAGGGCAGCUACCGAGCCUCCGCCAGCAGCGACGAGUCUGUUGGAGCUGCUCUGCAGAACCAGACGGAGCGGAUGAACGCCGUCAGCACUGUCCUGCACCGGGUGUGCGAGGAGUUCCCCCAGCACCAGGGGGCGCUCCACAGGCCCUUAGUGGCACUACAGGCACAUAUGCAGGAGCCAGAGACAACUAGAGGAGGGAAAGAUAGAGGGGUUACUGCGACUACUGAAGGGGUGUAGAUGAACGACAGCAUAUGACAUGAUUAGAUUAGAAUUUAUUAUAGAGUUAUUAGAGUCAUUAUUUAAGUAAUAUUACUCUAAAAUGUUAUUUCGUGUUAAUGAUGCGAAUGUUAUUGAUGUGAAACAAAAUCAUGAAAUAAAGACUCUGUAUU